AUGGGUGCCGUCUCUGCCACGUUCGGCGCGGUCGAUCUCGCGACCGACGCUCUCGGCGUGACGCUUCCGUGGCAGGCGGUCGCCGGACUCUUCUGGGGCUUGUCUCUCAAGAGCCGCGUCUUCUCGCCUCUCGACAACGCGCGGCCUGACCUCAAAAAGGCAGUGGAUGGGGAGGCGACCCGCGGCUUCAACGACCGGAUCAUGCCAAGCUGGACGCCGCCGGGUGUGACCUUUCCGAUCAUGUGGGUUCUGGUCGUCGGACCUCUCCGCGCGCUCUCGUCGACCCUCGUGUGGGAGGCGACCGGCAUGCACUUGCUCAACCCGGUGCUCCUCUGCAUCAUGCUGCACCUCUCGGUUGGCGACACGUGGAACACGGUCAACAAUGUCGAGCGCCGGCUCGGCGCCGCGGUGCCCGGCGUGGCGUGCGUGCUGGCCUCGGCGUGUUUCGCGGCCACGCAGUUCUACUCGGUGUCCGAAAAGGCGGGAAGCCUGCUGGGGCUGACGGCUGUAUGGAUCACAGUCGCUGGCUUGCUCAUCGCCGACACGUGGCGGAUCAACGCCGCCGAGGCGGGCAGCAAGUGGGAGGGAGAGCCGCUCUUCCCGGUGAAGGGCGAGGUGGCGACGCGCUUCUGGUUUGAGAAGUAG